AUGGCUGCCACCGUCUCCUCCGCGUCCACCGCGCGACUCCGACUCGCGCGCACAGCUGCGGCCCGAAUCUCCGUGCCGGCCGCGACCGCCGCAUGCCGCCCUGCAGUCGCGGCGCUUUCUCCCCCACAAAUUCCUGUGCUCAGUCGAGCCGCGACAGUGCCGACUUUGUCUGUAGCCGUUGCUCCUAGUCCUAGACGCCCCGGCGGUAACAGUAGCAGUUCUCUUAGUAAUGCUCAUUCACUCAUCGUGGCGCGCUGUGCCGCGUCGCCGUUCACAGGGCGCGUUGCUCCCGCCGAUGAUGGCGCGGCGCGCUCCAUCGCAAGGCGGCUCCGUCGUUUCAGCGGAGCGACGGCCCAAGCAAGCCCGGUGCAAGAGGCGACGGCGGAGGAAUCAGAGGGCGACACGUGGCAGCUGAAGCUGCUGUACGAUGGCGACUGCCCGAUCUGCAUGCGAGAGGUGGACUUCCUACAGGGUCGCAAUAAAGAGUUUGGCACGCUCAAGUUUGUGGACGUAGCAGCGGGUGACUAUAGCGCGGAUGAGCAUGCGGGUGUAUCGUACGAGGCGGCUAUGGGGUCGAUUCAUGGGAUACGGCGGGAUGGCACUGUGGUCACUGGCGUGGAGGCCUUUCGUGAGUUCUACGAGGCGGUUGGCCUCGGGUGGGUCUAUGCCAUCACCAAAUUCCCACCGGUCGGCGCUCUGGCAGAUGGGAUCUACGAGGUGUGGGCCAAAUACCGCCUGCCACUCUCAGGCCGGCCGUCAUUGCAAGCUGUGAUGGAGGAGCGCAGACGGAACAAGCUUGGUGUGCAAGGGUGCAAGGAGGAGGAGGAGUGCGACGUUAAGUUUUAG